AUGUGUUUAAGAGCUGGAAAUGGAGAAUCAGUGGAGUUUUGGAAUGAUAUAUGGCUGGGUAUGGUUCCACUGAAGGAGAGGUUUCCGAGAUUUUUUGCAUUAUCGAAUAACAAAAGGGGUAAGGUGGCAGAAUUCAGGAUGAACAGUAAUUCCGGUAGGGUUUGGGAUAUACAAAUGAGAAGGAAUUUGGUGGAUUGGGAGGUUGAGCAAAGGUUGCAGCUUAUUUCAUUGUUGAACAGCACAACUCUUUCUUUAUUGGAGGAAGAUUGUUGGAUAUGGCUUGGGGUUGCACCUCCACGUGUAGAAGCUUUUGUUUGGCAAGCUGCACAUCAAAGAGUAGCAGUUAAGGAGGAGCUUUUGACGAGAGGUGUGACUGGAAUUGAUGAUCUUUUAUGUCCGAUGUGUGGGAAGUGUGAGGAGUCAAUUUCACAUCUGUUUUUGCAUUGUGAGGUGGUUUGGUUUCUGUGGUCUAGAUUUUUGAGGGACUGGAACGUUUCUUUUGUGGUUCCUAGGAAGAUGAUAGACUUUUUAAUUUUGUGGGAUGAUUUAGUUCCGAGAUCAACUAUUUGGAAAUUCAUUCCAAGGGCGGUGUUGUGGUCGGUUUGGAAAUGCAGAAACGAUAUUAUUUUCCAGAAAAAAAAGGUGGAUUCUACAAUGCUGUUCUUUCUUGCUAGAUUUAAAACUGCUAUUUGGUUUGGGGUGAGAUUUAAGGAUGUUAAAGGUCCUUUCGAUUCUCUAGUUGGGGAUCUAAAACUGGCAGAUUCGAAUGAAAGACAGAAAAAAGGGUGUUCUCCUCCUACUAAGUGGGUACCUCCUCCAGAAGGUUUCCUUAAACUAAAUGUUGAUGGGGCAAUGGCUAAGGGAUGGGACAAAGGUGGAAUAGAAAAAAUUGGAGGUGGUCCUCCUAUUCUUGCAGAGCUAAUGGCGAUCAAAAGAAGAUUGACUCUCAUUGAAGAAGUAAGUUCUUCUCCAAGACAGAGGAUUAUCUUGGAAUCGGACUCGACCACGGCUCUGAAGUGGAUUAAAAAUCCAUAUCUAUGUACCCCUUUAUUUCAGACCUUGGUUAGAGGUGUAGCUUCUAAUGUGGAAGGAAAGGGCAUCAUUUCAAGACAUAUUUUGAGAGCUGCUAAUUGGGAAGCGGAUGAGUUAGCAAAGGCUGGUAUUGGUUGA